GCUCUUUCCCCACAUUAAGAACAGACCAAAAAAAAAUGCCUAUUAAUUCUAGACUUCCACCCAUCAAGGUUCCCAAGACCGGCCUUGUCCAGUAUCUGUUCGAAGGCAGAAAAUUCAAUACCCCUCAAAACAAAAUCCUUUCUAUCGAUGUUGCAACCAAAAAGACCUUGACAUUGCACCAAAUUAAGAGAGACGUUUUGCGGUUCGCGGCUGGCCUGCAAGACGAUUGCGAUUUCAAAAAAGACGAUGUCAUCCUUAUUUACGCUCCAAAUCAGUAUGAUUAUGCUAUUCCUUUGUUAGGAGCAAUUGCUGCAGGUGGUGCCGCAUCCCCUGCAAACCCAAACUACAACACCGGCGAACUUGUGUACCAGCUUGAAAUGACAAAGGCAAAGAUUCUUGUUGCUCACUCGGAAAAUAUCAAGACUGCACUUGAGGCUGCAAAGGUUGUAGGUCUCCCAGCAAACCGUAUAUUUGUAUUUGGCGACGAUACUAUCAAUGGAGUUUUACCUUACAGUGCUCUAUUGGGCGAUCGCUUGGCUAUUCCAGUUGAUUACACCGAGAAAGAGGCAGCUGAAAGUGUAGCAAUUCUGUGUUUCUCGUCAGGAACCUCUGGUAAAAGCAAGGGUGUUAUGACUACCCAUACAAACAUUACAUCCAACAUGGAGCAGUACUAUGCCUCUGAACGAGAGGAAAUCAAUCCCAGUAUUGACCGCGCCCUCGGAAUCCUUCCGUUCUUCCAUAUCUUUGGUCUGACCGUAGUUCUUUUCUCAUGCUUCAGCUUGGGUAUUCCUCUCUUUGUAAUGCCACGCUUUGACUUGAUUGCCUUUUGCGAAACAGUUCAAAAUGAAAAUAUCACAAUGGCAUGCCUUGUACCUCCAAUUAUUUUAUUGCUUGCCAAACAUCAAAUUAUUGAUCAAUAUGAUUUAUCCACUUUGAGACUCAUCAUCAGUGGCGCCGCCCCUUUGAGUGCAGAACUCAGUCAGGCAGCUACAGCUCGUUUAAAGACAACUGUGGUUAAGCAGGGCUAUGGUUUGACAGAAACAUCUCCUGUUUCUAUUUUAGAACGUACUUCAAAGGCAAUUGCUGGCAGUACAGGAAAAAUUGUGUCAAACAUGGUGGCCAAGAUUGUGGAUGAGGAUGGCAAAGAGGUUGGCCCUACCGAACGUGGUGAAUUAUGGCUCAAGGGACCAAAUGUCAUGAAGGGUUACCUCAACAACCCAGAAGCUACGGCUGAUUGUAUUGAUUCCGAAGGAUAUUUUCACACUGGAGAUGUAGUUGAAAUGGACUCCGAAGGAAAUGUCUAUAUUGUGGAUCGUAUCAAAGAGUUGAUCAAGUACAAAGGUUUCCAGGUUCCACCAGCAGAACUUGAAGCAUACUUGCUUACAUCUCCUAUUGUUAUGGAUUGUGCAGUUAUUGGCGUUUAUGAUGACGAACAGGCAACAGAGAUUCCAAGAGCUUAUGUCGUCUUGAAGGAGGGUACUGCUCCAAGUGUCGAGACUGAAAACAUUAUUAUGAAACAUGUGGCAGACAAGGUUGUCGCAUACAAACAAUUACGCAGCAUCGUAUUUAUUGCAGAAAUCCCCAAGAGUGCAUCGGGUAAAAUUCUUAGACGUGUCUUGAGGGAUUUGGCAAACGAAGAAAAGAAGACUUUUAUCAAGGCGAAGCUGUAAUACUUGUCCUAGAAGGCCAUUAUACUCACUGCAUUACCCUUUAUUUACCAUAAAAAAUUACAUUUUAAAUUAAAAUAUAUACACUCCGACAAAAGAAUGUUUGGACCUCCCAAAAAUCGCAAGAAAAAGUGAUAUUUUUUAAAAUUAAAAUCUUAUUUUCUCUUUAUUC